AUUUUCACUUGGAAUUAUUGUACAACGGAGUCAGCUGAAAACUGUUUGAAACGAACAAUUAUCCAGCCUUGAAUUUGUGUAACCUUGUUGCCCGCCAUAAUCAAAACCAAGGCAGUAUAUUGACAGGGUAUAUUGACUGUAUAUUGAUAUACCAUCAAAACUUUCUUUCGAGAGCGUGGGAAGCGCGCGCGUGGUGGUGGUCAGGUUGGUGAAAGUGGACGGGGUAGGAGCCUCCGCUAAUCGCUAAAAUGGACUCCAGAGACAACGAUCCAGUUCCGUCCUCCGAACAAAGCACUGGAACUGCCGGCUCCGGGGCAUCAGACAAAAGCGACUCCGCCGUCAGUAUGAAGCGCUCCGGCUACCUGGAGUGGCAGGAGUACUUUAUGGCCAUCUGCUUCCUGUCGGCGAUGCGCAGCAAGGACCCGGCUACCCAGGUCGGCGCGUGCAUCGUGAACGACGACCGCAAGAUCGUCGGCAUCGGCUAUAACGGCAUGCCUCUGGGCUGCAGCGACGACCGGCUGCCGUGGAGUAAGACGGCCUCGGACACGCUGGACACCAAGUACAUGUACGUAUGCCACGCCGAGAUGAACGCCAUCAUGAACAAAAACUCUGCGGAUGUCAAGGGCUGCACCAUCUACGUGGCACUUUUCCCCUGCAACGAGUGUGCCAAGCUCAUCAUCCAGUCAGGCAUUCGCAAAGUUGUGUAUGCGUCUGACAAGCACGCAAGCAAAAAAUCUACCAUAGCAUCUAAACGUCUUUUGGAGAUGGCUGGAGUCGAAUGCUGCCAGUACGAACCGAAGCGUCGCCAGGUUGUGAUUGAUUUCGACGUGAUCGACCGCAGCGGUCUGAGCCAGCUGCCCGACUCGCCGCCGCGGCAGAGCCCGGUCCCGGGCCCGCAGCCGGAGCCGGCGGACUGCGCCGACUCGGUGCGCCGCAACCUGAGCGCUCUGAUGGUGGACCAGGCCGGGCACGAGGGUCUGUGAGGGUCCGCGAGGGUCUGUGACGGUCUGUGUGGACCUAACUGAAGGGACCGGACGGGGAUGCAAUCACCAACUGAGUGCAGAACAGUGCCCGACAAAAUGUGUGAUUUUAUGACUGAUCUGAUCUGUUAGGUAGAUAUUUAUGUGAUGAGUGAUUGGCGUUAAUGCGAUUACGCUAAAAUAACGCUAGUGAAUGCGUCUCCAAACGAUAUUACCAGCUCAUACGCGAGUACGAGAGCUUGAACUCAUCACCCAGCUGGGAUAUAGUAAUUUAUAACCUUUGUGCUGUGUCAUGUGCCUUGUGCAGUGCCUUCGGCUGUCUGUCUAUGCUGUGCAACUACUGCAGAUGUAAUGAUGCUACCUUUUUCAUUUUUCCGGUUUUAUGUGGCUCCAGCGACUAUGGUGUCUUUCACACUGGUCACAUCGUCUGUGGGUCAAGUGACGUUUGAUGGGUCAUAAUUAAUCGCCCACUGUGGUUUGGUUUGGCUUUUACGUUUGAUUUGGGACACCGCACCAGCGUGUAUUUGUGAUUCAUGCAUUUGACAUUUUAAUUGCUGGUCAUGUUCGCCAUUUUGCAUCAUUGAAAAUAUAGAUCGCGCUCGGUG